GGCUACACUUCCUGCCUGUACGAAGGGCGCCACGUUCUGGGGAAGGGAGACCCGUGGGAUCUUCCUGUGGCACACGCUUCACUCAAGUGCAGGGGUUGCCUUAACGAAUAUGGUGCAAUUUUUCCGCAAACGGGUAUAUACAUAUGCAAACUACAUAGCUAGUGCAAGGGGGACCUCCUCUCGUGAGGCGAUUGUUCUCAUCUGCCUCCGUUCCGCUGUACUCUCAAAGUGACUGGCAAUUGGUUCCCCUCCGCUGGAACGUAUGUCCUCCCCUCGCAUCUACCUUCCCCGUUGCGAUCUGGAGGGAGUUCAACGGAGAGUCAAUUUGGGUUUCUUCACGAGGAAAAAAAAAAAAAAGUUAAUUCAGCUGGGGGCAUACGACAGUACGGGAAUAUGAAAAUACCAAAUUGAUGAAAUCUUCCUUGGAGCUACGGCAAACGAUGAGUGAAUGGCAGAAAUGCUGAGCAGAUACUUUUGCUGCUCCUCUUUGCCUGCUUCAAAAAUGGGAAAUUUUCCACCUACUUCGGCUUGUGCCUCCCAAACAGAGCGGUAGAGAAUUCUGAACAACGCUGGGAUCGUUCCUGCGGGUAUACAGACCUUUGCUUGGUUUGCGGUUCGCCUCUACUCCUUCUGCGUCAGUUUUUACGUGAAGUUUAUUAAUUGGGGGUGGGGCCAACUGCGGUUGGCAUUAAUUAACAUGUAUUUUGAAAUGGAAAAAAUUGGAAAGGAAAAAGUUGCAAAGGAUAAGUUGCAGAGGAAAAGUUGCAAAGGAAAAGUAGGAAAAGAAAAGGUUGGAAAGGAAAAAGGAGGAAAAGAAAGAGGAAAAGAAAGAGGAAAAGAAAGAGGAAAAGAAAACGUUGGGAAAAAUGCUGGCGAGUUUGCUUCUCCUCAAGCAGAUUUUUUUGAAUUGGUUUUUAAAAUUGAAAAAAAAAAAAAAAUUAAAUUCAAUUUUGACAUGAAAAAUUUAAAAUAA